AUGCAGUUGAUUGAACUGUUUGCAGAGCCGCUGGAACCGGUCAACGAGGUUGAUUUCAAAAUUCUCGAAGAGGCGCAAAACAGAAAAAUGGACAGAAAAUUCCAGAAAACCCCAUGUGACUGGACUGGAAUCACAAUCUCACAUGAACAACUCGAAUGGGCGAAACGAUUAGCGGCGGAGGCGGAUUUAGAGGAUAAAAUUUGUUUCAAGUACCAGGACUACAGGGCCUACACACUACUGAUUUUGUCGCGAUUACGACUCGUGAUCACUCAUUCCUGCCAGCUUAUUUUCAGUCCAACCGUUAAACUAAGUGCGUCAAUAGACAAAAUCAUUUCUGUUGAAAUGAUCGAGGCAGUAGGACAGUUAUUCCUGCCUCAGUACUUCCAAGUGCUAUCUGAUAGGCUCCUUCCGGGUGGAAUCGCUGUUCUGCAGGGAAUAAUUUGUCCUGAUGCCUACUACGACCGAUAUUGCCGAUCAUCCGAUUUCAUCAAAAAGUACAUCUUCCCAGGAGGACAUAUGCCGUCUAUAGGUACGAUUCUUCCAAGCAUCAAUUAG